UGCUUCACAUGUAAAGAUGCACCAGACAACUACGAAUGCAAUCGCUGGGCUCCGGACGUAUACUGCCCACGAGAGACCAGGUACUGCUACACCCUCCAUGUGAUGGACGUCCAGGGGAACACUGUGUCUGUGACCAAACGCUGUGUGCCCUGGCCCACUGUCUGUCUACAGGCUGCACCCAGGACAACCAUGAAGGAUACGAG